AUGGCACCACCUCGUCAUCGUAAUCGGACUCCGGAAACGCCCACAAAUGAACAGCUAGCUCAGAACCCUCAGCAUCUCACUCAGAUUACGCAGACGCUAAGCAACGCCCUCCUCCACAACAACAAUAAUCCUCCUCCGCCGCCACCGAAUGCGAAUCGUGACGUUGGCCGACAAGUCUCAGGCCAUCGACCUUCCGUCUUUGCCGGAGAAGAAGACCCCGCAAUCUUGGAAGAGUCGGUCCGAACGCUGGACAAGAUCUUCUCGGUGGUAGGAUGCCCGGAAGAGCGCCGAGUUGAGUUACCCACUUUAUACUUCAGUCAUGAGGCAGACUUGUGGUGGGUCCACGAAGGACCGGGUUGCCAAGAAGAGUCAAGGUUUUGUUGGGAAAGAUUGAAGGACAAGCUCCGUGAGCGCUUCUAUCCCUCGCAUGUCCAGGCGGCUUUGUACGAGGAGUUUCUUCAUAUCAAGCAAGGGGCUUUGAUUGUGGUGGAGUACCACAAAAGGUUUUUGAAGCUGUCUUGUUUCACCCAAGUGUUGGUCCCUACCGAGGCCGCUCUAGUGGAAAAGUUUGUGGCUGAGUUUAAUUACGAGGCAAGGAAGUCCCUAAUGGUGUUCAAGCCAAGGACGCUUGAAGAAGCCUACUCCAGCGCGGCGAACUUGUUCCGGAUCCAACAAAUGCAAAGGGGGUCAAGUGACCAAACCAAGAGAAGGAUUGAGUGGAGUGGAAAUCCGAACUUCAAGAGGGCAAUAGGUGACUACAACUCUAAGGUAACCUAUUCACAAGGACAAGAGGCAUCAAGGACACAUUCGGAGGCUAGGAGGGGACCGGAUUUAUGUAGGAGAUGUGGUAAGGAGCAUGUUAGGAAGGAUUGUCAAGGAAACCCACUUCAAUGCUUCAAUUGUGGGAGAAGAGGACACAAGGUUUGUGCUUGCCCCUACCCAGUCGAGCAAGGCGGACCACCCCAGCAUCACCCUAGUGCAAGAACCCCUGCCGCCGAUUCCUCCAGCCCAGCCGUCCACUGCCCGUCUGUUGCUCGUCAUCGCCGCACCCAGCCGCCGCUGUCAUGCCUUCGACCCACCAGAAAGAGAAGAAGAAAAAGAAAGGGAAAGAAAGGAGAGUUCAAGCCUCUAUUUUUUGUUGAAGUUUUUGCAUCAUGCCUAAGAAGACGAGUAUCCUCAAGAAGGUAG